AUCAUUAUACUAAAAAGUUCAAAUAUAGCGUGCGCUACAUACUGUGUAGAAAAAAAUUAACACGUAAGCCAUUCCCACAUUCAAAAGACUGGCCUUUUAUAAUUCACAUUUCCAUUCGUCAAUUGUACCUCGCUCGAUAUACAAGUUUAUUGCGGCCUUAGUUUAAUAAAAAUUAGAUUAAAAUGUCAAACGUAAAAGAUGACGAUCGAGAUUUUGAUGAAGCUCUUAAUGUCACAGGUCACGGACGAUACAAUAGAAUGGUAUUAUUUUCUUGCUGUGUAACAAUCGUCGCUGCUGCAUUGGAUAUAUUUGGAUUCAGCGUCGUAGUAGCAGCUUCCAGAUGUGAACUGGGGCUCACCACCAGUCAGGUUGGUGUGCUGGUGGGCUCGCCUUUCUACGGUUUGGUCUUUUCAUAUCCCUGGGGUUAUUUCGCUGACUCAAAAGGCCGAAGGACGGCAAUAGUCCUCUCAACAUCCGUUGGUUUCAUAUUUGGGGCUAUUAGUAGCAUUUCUGUCAAUUGGGAAAUGAUGCUGGUGACGAAAGCGAUUGGAUCUUCAUUCACGCUUUCAUUAUUUAUGCUGACUGUAACGUACCUCGGAGAAAGUGUGGGCUCGAAGAAAAGGAAUCAAUUCUUAUUUAUACUGAACACAAUGAAUAUAGGUGGAGAAGUUGUAUCAUUUAGUCUUGCGUAUUUCAUAUUACCACUAUCCGUAGCAAUGUUCAUACCUUGGAUAGAGAUCAGUUUUCGGUCUUGGAGGCUGUACACUCUUGUUAUGUCCAUUCCACUGGGCAUCGGCGCUCUGAUGAUGCUUUUCCUGGAGGAAAGUCCAAAGUUUCUUAUAGACAAAGGACAGAAUGACAAGGCUAUUGAAGUAUUGACAAAUAUAUUUGUGACCAAUGGUGGAAACCGAGAUGAUUUUGUGAUAAAACCUCUAAAUGUAAAACCGUAUAACGAUUCGUCUUUUUGUGUCAAUUUUGUAAGACACGCGUCACCACUUUUUAAGCCACCACUGCUAUGGAGAUCUUUGCAGUUGUUCUACUUACUGUCUUUGGCUUGCGCUAUAAGUAAUGUAUCGAUUAUGUGGUUACCAACUAUGCUUGAUAUGGUGUUUAAAUCAAUCUCAUCGGGAAGUAGUGAUAUAAGGUUUUGUGACGGAUUCAACAAUAUAUCACAACAACACAACGCUAAUGUAACUUGCAAUGAUACGCUUUCGGAAGAGACAUUAAUUUCUGGCUUCUCUGUCAGUCUUUUUGUAGCUGUAUUGAACUUGUCGGUUACAAAGUUUGCCUCAUAUCGACGCAUUAUUUUGAUUUCUAUAUUUCUACUUGCUGGGUUUAGCUGUGUAAUGGUUUCAGUUUUAAGACAACCUUUGGCAAGUGUUGUGUUUUACACAUUAAUGCAAACAACGCUCGUGGGUAUAGGGAGUAUAUCUACAUAUUUUGUCGAUUUAUAUCCUACGUCUUGCAGGGGACUUGCAACGAGUCUAGGUUACAUGGUAGCGCGAUGCUUUUCACUGAUCGGUACGACUUUAGUUGGAGCUGUCGGUAAUAGCAACUGUGAAAUGAUCUUUUAUGUGGCGGCGAGUGUAGCAUUUUCUGGAAGUCUGGUGUCACUGUCCUUACCAUCAAAUAAGAACUAAAUUAAUAUUAAAGCCUAGCAGCCUGUUAUACCUGUAAAAUAUAUAAUAUUCAAAGGAGACUACGCGUAUACGAUCACUGCCUUGGCAAUCUGAGAGUCCCUGAAUACAACUCACAACUCAUUUUACGAACAGAACUCUCUUCGUAACUCACCUCAUUUUCGGAAUCUCGUGGCAUUCUGUCAAGAAAUUUCAUUUUACGGCUUGACUGUAUAUUUCGUGACAAUUAUCCUUAAUCCUAUUAUCUUGUAAACAAAAUAUUUACUACUUUAUUUGACAAAAAUGAAAUUGAUUAUAUAAACGGGAAAGAACUACAUGAAACAUAUUAUGAGAGAACCUAGUUUAAAUUGAAAAUAUGUAGAUAAAAACACUAGUUUAAUGAAGUGUAUGCAUAUCCAUUAAAAAAAUGUCUAACCUAACAGACUGAAGAUAUAA